AUAUUUUAAAUAUCUAGAUUUAGAUUCCUCUAGGAGUUUAGGACGACGAAUUUUUUUACUGCUCAUUUGGGAAUAAAAAAACAGUAUCGGACAUGUCCUAACUUGGCAACAGUAACAGUGAAAACAAUGUUUUAACUUCGGCGUCAACAUGUCAUGAAUGUGAAUGGAGUAGAUUAAUAAACUAUAUCUGUGGCUAUUUGAAAAUUACUGUAUAGUUUGUCUCCAGCAGUCUGUGUCAUAAUUUCUAUUAACUACUGGUAUUACUAACUUCUACUUGAUGUUAUAGUGUUCUUAAUCACUCUGCCAUGGAAGCACAUGAAGCAGUUUCCAUUGAACCAAUCAGGGCUAAUGGAAGACUAAAACUUGUGGAGUCCUUGCAGAAAAAAAGCUCUUCUAAUCUUGAAAGUCCAAUACCUUCAAAAAGGCUAAUAGAGUCUGAUGGCAAUCAAACAGUGAACAGAAGACAGUACAGUUCUCUUGUCAGGUCUAGUUAUGAGAAACUACAAUCAGGCAUGAAAGCUGAGGGAACUAUAAAGACAAUUUCUUAUACUGACAAAACCAUUGCUGACCACUCUGAUUCCAGUAACUCUAUAGAAGGUGCUAAAAGCCAUGAAGUCAGUCUAUCUUCUGCUGAUCAAUAUACAUUUAGGCAGCAGCUGGAGCAUGAUGGAAACAACAGGAAAAAUAAAGGCUCACUGGCGUGGCAAGAGAAACAAAUUAAUGGUUUUUUAAGAAGUCCACUAAGCUCUGCCAAAGCUCAACAUUUUCUUGGUUAUGACUGGAUCGCGUCUCUCCUGGAAAAUGACUCCAAUGUGAUGGCUCAGAAUGAAAGCUUCUUUCAGGAUCUCAAAAGCUUUCGCAAGAAGUUUAGAGAUGACUGCGUUGAAGAGAAGUACAAAGAAGAACCUCACAGGUUGAUUGAAGUGGAGCCACAGAUUGUGAAAGAAACUCUGACUAAAUCAAAGUUAGAGGCCUUCACUGUAAAUGAAAGACUGUUUACUGAAAAUUUAGUUCAAAAUAAAGAGAAUACUACUCAAAUAGCGAGAGACAGACAACCAAAAAGUAGCAAUGUGCGUCUUGCAAGAGUCAGCAUUCCACAGUCAGUGUUACAAGAAUCCUACAAAGUAAAGCCACAUCGUCGAGGAAGUUUUGAAUCAUGUGAUUCUUUUGCUCUCAGAGAUCAUUGCCUAAUGGGAUGGGAGAACUCCCAGCCAGCUAUGAUUCCUCACGCCAGAUCUUUGGAUUUGAGUUCAGAGGUCACAGGUCACAAAGUGCCACAUACUGUUACAACUCUGGAGGAAGUAGAAAAAUUGUAUGCUGAAAGACAGCCUACUUGUCCUAAAGAACUGUCUAGAUGGAGAAAGCACUAUUUGAAUGCAGCCAAAAAUAUGCCCAUCCCAGGAUUGUCUCACUUGAAGUGUUCCACAAAAGAAAAUUUGAAACAGACCACAGAUGACCUGCUGAAUUCAAUACAUUUAAUCUCAUUUGAGAUGGAAAAAUUAAAGAAAGAGAGACAACUGGAGAAGUGGAGUGUUUAGCACAAGUCAUUCUUAAUAGAUUUAAAAGAUGUUUUUAAGAUUUAUUUGUAAGUAGUGUUUAGAAGAUAUAAAAAGUGCUUCAAAGAUAUAAAGUAUUUUCAACAUUUAAAAAUAGUAUUAAAAAAAAUAUAUAUUUUAAAGAAGCUUUCAAAAUUAUGGUUGUUCAAUAUAGCUUUUUGGAUUAAUUGAAGUGUGUACAAAACAAAUCAGCCUACUUAAAUUAACCAUAUUUUCUUGUUAUAAGUACAUUCAAAAUAGAAUCUAAUUGGCUAAAACGCUGCCUGGCCAUGUGACAUGCACUCUGGACUGUCAUCUCAUCCUCCAGGCUAGAACCCUGUCUCCCACCAUGAUUAGACAUUAAUUAGAAAUAAGAUGCUUAUCUAUUAAAAUAGAUAUUUUCCUUUUGUUUAGUGUCUUUAAAGAAUCUUGCAUUGCAUUUUCGUUAAUUCUGUUAACCCCCCCCCCUCUCCCGUGUGAUUAGUUCGACUUAUUGUGCAUAUUGACACUGUAUAUCUGAAUAUAUCAUUCACACUGACUAUUGUAAUAAGUUAUAACUUUAUCAAAUAACAGCUAUGGUUGUCAUUGAUUCAACCUAUUCUGCAAAGUUUUGAGUUUGUGUACUAGGUAGGCCUACAUCAAAAAGACUUGGUAUAUAUUGACAUUGUACGGUAUAUCUUGGUUUAUCAUUUAGGACAUCCUAGUGUGAGCAGUUUAGUUUGAACUGCCAUUUUGCUCUGUUUAGAUUGUAUGUCGCUUGGUUUAACUUCCAAUUAAAUCCAUUGUAUGUUGAAUGCAGUACUUGUACUAAUGGCUGGGAUUACUAUAUAUUUAUAGCUUUAAAUUUUUUUUUUGUCUUUCUAUUUAACAAAUACAUUUUUUUUUGUUUCAUAGUUUUGUUAAUUGCAAAUUUUUACUGCAUUUUUGCAUAUGUUUACUGUAUCCAUGUCUAUGUACAUAAAUAUUGUAGCAGCCAGUGUAAUGUCAACUUGAUUUUUGUAAAGAUAGUUUCAUGUAAUUUACUGAAUGAGUAACAAAAAAAAACUAAAACAAAUAAAAAACUUUUCUUACUCAUUGUAAACCAGUUAAACAGAUGAAAAACUCAAAAUACCAAGAUGUAACAACUGAUAAGCUAUCGAAUCCGUACGUUGACACAUUUAUUUAAAAAAUCAAACAAAGCAUUAGGAUUUAUUAAAAUAUUUUUUUUACAAAUCAAACAAGAACUUAAAAGAACAAUGCUAUAUAACUUUAGUUAGGCCAACAUAUGCAUACUCUGUUUGUGAGCCCUCAACUCAAGAAAAAUAUUUAAAAAAACUGGAAUAGACACAAAAUAGAGCACUAGGACACUUCAGGACAGAAGACUAAAAAAGUAAAGUAGCAAUAAUACAUAAAACACUGAACCAUAAUUUAUUUAUGCAAAUACUCAGAAAGACAUAGAUAGAGGCACAUUUUUUAUUCCAUAUGCUAGGACAAAUUGUAUAAUUCUUUUCUAGUGGAAAGGGUUGCUUGAAUCUGCCAGGAAAACCAGUGACUUAGCAGAGUUUGAAUCUCUAAUUAACAUGCAUGGCUAGAUUGAGACUUGGAUACACACAGGAUGUAAUUAUCUUCUAUUUAGAAGGAGCUUCUGUAAUUUAUAAGAAUAGAUAUUUCUGCUCAAAGCGCCAUAAGUGCAUUUUAAACUUGAGUGGAAGGUAAUUAUUUUCUACUUUAGCUUAAUCAUUAAUUUAAAAAAAAAAAUAAGUUCUGUAAUACUUUUAUUUCCACUUUUCAGUUGUACAAGGAACUGUCAAUGUAAUUUUUAAAACUAAUUUCAUUUAUUGUAUGGAUAAAGAAUUGGGGUGGGGGGGGGGGUGAGGAGUUGAAUAAAACUCUUUAUAAAUGCCUUGAAAGUCUAAUCAUAUUGGUUUAUAUUUCACUGAAGUUAACAUUUAAAAAUGAUAACCUGACAUUACUUUCUAAAUGAUUAAUUAAUCUGUAAUUAUUUAUUGUUAUUUAUGUCUCUACAAUGAGUGAUAUUAUUAAUGGCAUUGCUAUAAAGUACCGCUAACCUAGCUGAUAUGUUAUCUUGGAAUUGCUUGGAUUUUUUUUUUUUGUUUUUUUUUUUUUUGUUUGAUAACUUUUGGUUCUCUCUAUUUCCCACAUUUAUGUCCCUUGUUUUUAACCUCAUCUCAGUUCAAAGCAGUGUUAAUAAAGGCUAAUUGAAAGAAGAAUAAACAUUAGCUUGAGUUGAGUUUCAUGAAUGUUUAUUAUGUCACCAUCUUGACCAAGGCUAACUCACUUAACACAAAGGGCAUUACUAGCCGAAACAAAGAGACAUAACACUUCUAAUGCAUACAAGCUCUAAUGGUAAGAAACUUGAUGCUGUCUCAUGUAAAAACUUUGUCUUUAUUAUCAUUAGGAGUUAUCUCCUCUUUAAUGAUGCUAUUCUGAUCUGUAUUUCUCCAAGCCACUAUUGUCCUUGGUGACUACAUUAUUUACUUGUUCACUUUGAAACUGUCUGGAGUUGGUAUACUAUUUACUUGGGUGAAAGUAGUCUAUUUUAUUUCCUGUCAAGUCCUUUUUUCACCCUUAAAUACAACGGAAAUAUUUUCACAAUAUCAGAAACAGCAAACCAGGAUGAAUGUGUUGUUUUAAUCAACUUUUUCAAACUAUAGUGGUUAUUGUUAUUUGAAAAGAAAAACUUUGACAGUAUGUUAGACAAUGAUAAAAGAUCUAGUCUGGAUUUGUUGGGUUUAAGAUUUAGUCCUAGUUGGGUUGUUUUGAUGUUCACUUUUUUCUCAGGUAUGAGACUAUGUUAUAGAGAUUAUUACUUGUUAUAGAGAAUAUUACUUUUGAUAAGUAAGAUUUCAAUCCAAUCUCAUGGUUUGAUCGGUACGUGACGUUUUGGCGACGCCGUUUUGGCCCCGCCGUUUUGGCGACGGGACGUUUUGGCGCGAGAUAUCAUUUGACGAUAAUUUAAUAAGCACAUAGCUUUUAUAACAAUGUUUAUUUCACUCUCACUCUAUUGUAUGUAUAGUAUGAAUUCUAACACCGUUCAGCGAAUUUUUUUUUUUUUUAAUUAUAAAGGUUUUGCUUAUUUCAUGAAUAUAGGCCUAUAAUAAGUCAGAUUCCUGAAUGGUAAUGACAUGCUAUAUGUGAGUUCUGCUAAUCGCACUGGAUGACAUUUUUGGA